CUAUUUGCGAACGCGCUAUAGGAAGAUUGGCCUGGCAAGCGCGCUUCAUAAUGCAUAAUACGAUUGGGUAUAUCCCUUUUCUAUUAUAUUUUCCGAUAUUCAGUGAUAAAACACUAUUACUAUUCUAGUUUUUCAUCAUAAUUUUCUUGAAUUAAUCGUGUUUUUCCAUUAGACAGCAGCCGUUUUUAAAUCACCUGUUACAUGCAGUAGCCUAUAGCCUAUCGCAGCAUUAUAGCCUAUUUAGGAACGGUGCCUAUCUCUUUAAGAUUGCCUGCAUGACUGCGUUCAUAAAAUAGACAAAAAUUGCUGUCCAUGAUUUAUGGCAUAUUUGCGGGUAAUCUUCAGACCAUACCAACAUAUACAGCGCAUGUUUGCCUGUUUCUCAUCUGAGCGUAUCUGUUCACAUGGAAACCAAAACGCUUAUGCCAUCCCCCUACAGUACCAAAUCAGAGCAAUAGAGGCUCCACUAGGUACAGUAGUCUUACUACAUGUGAGGCUUUAAGAAAUUGCAUUCCAGCACAUAGGGGGUGUUGUCACGAAGUAGCCAUAUUGAAUGAAUUGAGCCGUACCACUGUCAACAGCGCCAGGUCCGGAUGAAUAGUCUACAUCUCGUAGAUUCUGCUCCGCUCACGUCUGUUCUUCAUGAUGCCCGCAACGGACGUAGACAUCUUCGUUAAUGAAGUUAAGCGUAGCCUGGAGCUGGGUGGCCAUGUUGGAUUUGACAGUCUUCCAGACCAGUUGGUCAGUAAAUCAGUCACACAGGGAUUCUGCUUCAACAUCUUGUGUGUCGGUGAGACCGGUAUUGGUAAGUCCACGUUAAUGAACACUCUGUUCAACACACUGUUUGAGGAUGAGGAAGCCAGCCACUACCAGAACAGUGUGUACCUGCGGCCCAAGACCUAUGACUUGAAGGAAAGCAAUGUUCAGCUCAAACUGACCGUUGUCGACACUGUGGGAUUUGGCGACCAGAUCAAUAAGGAGGAAAGCUAUAAACCUGUAGUGGACUACAUAGACACUCAGUUUGAGACCUACCUGCAGGAGGAGAUGAAAAUAAAACGUUCCCUAUUCAACUACCAUGACACCAGAAUCCAUAUUUGUCUCUACUUUAUCGCCCCCACUGGACACUCGCUGAAAUCACUCGAUUUGGUCACCAUGAAAAAACUGGACAGCAAGGUCAACAUAAUCCCCAUCAUUGCGAAGGCCGACACGAUAUCCAAGAGCGAGCUGCACAAGUUCAAGAUCAAGAUCAUGUCCGAGCUGGUGAGCAACGGGGUUCAGAUCUACCAGUUCCCCACUGAGGAUGAAGCUGUCACAGAGAUCAACUCCUCUAUGAACGCUCAUCUCCCGUUUGCUGUGGUGGGGAGCGUAGAGGAGGUGAAAGUUGGAAAUAAGAUGGUGAAGGCCCGGCUAUACCCCUGGGGAACCGUUCAGGUGGAGAACGAGAGCCACUGUGACUUUGUCAAGCUGAGAGAGAUGUUGUUGCGCGUAAAUAUGGAGGACCUGCGAGAACAGACCCACGCCAGACACUACGAACUCUAUAGACGCUGCAAACUGGAAGAGAUGGGCUUUAAAGAUACCGAUCCCGACAGCCAACCAUUCAGCCUUCAGGAGACAUACGAGGCCAAGAGGAAGGAGUUCCUGGGGGAUCUGCAGCGUAAGGAGGAUGAGAUGAGACAGAUGUUUGUCAACAAGGUGAAGGAGACUGAGGCAGAGCUGAAAGAAAAGGAGAGAGAGCUCCACGAGAGGUUUGAGCAGCUGAAGCGGAUGCACCAGGAGGAGAAGAGGAAUCUGGAGGAGAAGAGGAGGGACCUAGAGGAGGAGAUGAAUGCCUUCAAUAGGAGGAAGGUGGCAGCGGAGACACUCAUGGGACAGUCCCUGCAGGGGUCGUCACAACCAUUCAAGAAGGACAAGGAGAAGAAGAACUUCUUUAGUCUUCCGUCUGCGUGCUCCCUAACAUCAGGAAGGAACUUAAAUUAGAAGACUACUUUCUACCCACCAAAAGGAUGGCUGUUCUGUUCUUCCCAUAUUGACAAUUAACAAUCGAGCAUACCAUUUUUUACAGUGUGAUUUGAAAUAACAUUUUUGUAAAAGCCUUGCCUGUAUGUCCCAGCUGGUACCCUAUUUACUGGAAGUGCACUACUGUUGACCAGUCUGGUCAGAAAUAGUGAACUGCAUUACAGAAACGGGAUGCCAUUCGGGACACACCCUUGGUUCUAUAACCACGGUGACGCUCUGCAGCUCUAACGCUUUAUAGCAUGCUUAUCUGCAUGGGGUUUUAUAGAAUUUUAAUCAUCAUGAAAUAACUAGCCUGUAACUAGUCUGUUUUUGAUUAAGUUAGCUGGCCAAAGUGCAGAAACAAACUGGCAACCAGGCUAAAAGAUCAGGCUCCGACUAAAAACUCCCUGACUCAUGUGAGUUAAUUUGAUUAAUGAAUGUUAGUUCCUUACCUUUGUCAAAAUUCCUGUUCUAUUUAAUGCCUUUAUUGACUGGUGACAUUAAAAAUGUCUCCUGCACUGUGAUCUUGUAAGAAUGUUAAAGGGUAUUGCAACCAGAAAGUGGUUGUUAUGGAUGGUUGUCUAUAGAGAAAAAUUAAGCACUUUAUUUAAAAUACUGUGACAUUGUCGACCCAAUACGGUAUAUUACCUAUUAUUUCACAACUGAUCUGUAUUAGUCUAUCUAAACAAAGGCUGUGAUUUGUGCUGGGGUUCACAGAUGUGUAAGAGUAAUUCUCAAGCUGUCAUGUUUAAUUUGUCUGAAAUGUGAAACCAUAUAUUAUACCAAUAUUUUCAAAUGACACUAAACUACUAAACAUUAUUAUUAGUCUCCCAAAGGAUCCAGAUAAGGAAAUCUAUCUUAAAGUAUGUUGUCUUAUAAAUAUUAUACAAUAACGGAAUUUGUAUUUGCUUGCUAUAAAUAAAAUACUUUAAACAUUGA